AUGAGAGGUCAUGAUCGGAUCAACAAUUGCUUGCCGGAGGAGCUAAUCCUCGAGAUAUUCCGGCGACUUGAUACGAAACCCAGCCGAGACGCUUGCUCUCUCGUCUGCAAGCGAUGGCUAUCUCUGGAGCGACUCAGCCGAACCACCCUUCGCAUCGGCGCUUCCUUUUCUCCAGACAACUUCGUCACCCUCCUCUCUCGCCGCUUCCUUCAUAUUACCUCCAUCCAUGUCGAUGAGCGUCUCAACGUCUCCCUUCCUUCCCUCUCUCCUCCAUCCAAAAGAAAGCGUGUGAGUAACAAGUCAUCGCCUUCAUCGAGUAAACGCCGGAAUCUGACUAAUACGAGGCAUUCUGAAGCCGAGAAUGCUGAAUCUUGCAGCUUGACUGACGCGGGACUGAUCGCUCUUGCGAAUGGAUUUCCACGGAUUGAAAACUUGAGCUUGAUAUGGUGCCCUAAUGUUUCAAGCUUUGGUUUGAAUUCCCUUGCUCACAAGUGCACUUCUCUUAAAUCUCUGGAUUUACAGGGUUGCUUUGUUGGAGAUCAAGGCUUAGCAGCUGUUGGGAAGUUUUGCAAGCAGCUCGAAGAAUUAAACUUGCGGUUUUGCGAAGGCUUGACUGAUGCUGGAGUUAUCGAUCUAGUUGUUGGCUGUGCGAAGACCUUGAAGUCCAUUGGUGUUGCUGCCUCGGCAAAAGUAACAGAUUUAUCCAUGGAAACAGUUGGUUCUCACUGUAAAUCUCUAGAGAUACUGUGUCUUGAUUCUGAGCACAUCCAUGAUAAAGGAGUGAUUGCCGUAGCUCAGGGAUGCAGCCGUUUGAGAAAUCUGAAGCUUCAGUGUGUAAAUGUGACGGAUGAGUCGUUUUCCGUAAUUGGAGAGUUGUGUUCCUCGUUGGAGCGGUUGGCUUUGUAUAGCUUCCAGCAGUUUACUGACAAGGGCAUGCGGUCCAUUGGUAAAGGGUGUAAGAAGCUGAAGAAUCUCACUCUAAGUGAUUGCUACUUUGUGAGUUGCAAAGGCUUAGAAGCUAUUGCUCAUGGUUGCAAAGAACUUACGCGUGUAGAAAUCAAUGGAUGCCACAACAUUGGUACUCUUGGAAUAGAGGCAAUUGGAAAAUCUUGCCCGCGUCUCACUGAGUUGGCUUUACUAUAUUGCCAAAGGAUUGGUAACUCUGCUCUUCAGGAAAUUGGGAAAGGGUGUAAAUCUCUAGAGAUACUUCACUUAGUAGACUGCUCUGGCAUCGGAGACACCGCUAUGUGCAGUAUCGCUAAAGGCUGUCGUAAACUCAAGAAACUCCAUAUCCGGAGAUGCUAUGAGAUUGGAAACAAAGGAGUUAUAGCUGUUGGAAAGCAUUGCAAAUCACUAACCGAGCUUAGUCUGCGGUUUUGCGAUAAAGUUGGAGAUGUAGCAUUAAUCGCCAUUGGCAAAGGUUGCUCUUUACAGCAACUAAACGUAAGUGGUUGUCAUCAAAUCGGAGAUGCAGGGAUCUCAGCAAUAGCUAGAGGCUGUCCUCAACUCACUCACCUAGACAUCAGUGUGCUUCAGAACAUUGGAGACAUGUCGUUGGCUGAGCUUGGAGAAGGAUGUCCAAUGCUUAAGGACUUGGUUCUGUCUCAUUGCCAUCAUGUAACAGACAAUGGUCUGAACCAUCUUGUGCAAAGGUGUAGAGUUCUAGAGACUUGUCACAUGGUUUACUGUCCCGGGAUCACUUCGGCUGGAGUGGCUACUGUCGUCUCGAGCUGUCCACACAUCAAAAAGGUGUUGAUAGAGAAAUGGAAAGUGAGCGAGAGGACGAUAAGGAGAGCUGGAUCGGUUAUCUCUUAUCUCUGUAUGGAUCUCUAG